CUCGAGCUAAGGUUUGGAGAUGGCGAGCCUCUCCUUCGGGAUUCCUCUCUGGCUGCGGAGCCCUCCUCUUCUUUCUACCUACUUCGCCAUCGCCGAACAGUGUUACCUACAGAUUUCGGUUGGGUGUGCCAUUAACCUUUGCUUCUCCAAGUUUUCUGAUUCGCAGAUCUUGUUAGGAGCACCAGAUUUUUGUUCAAUCACUCUGCUUCGCCAUCGUAACAGCAUCCCAACCAUGGCUGAAGAGGAUUUAUGGUCUAUGCUUAGCCGGAUUCAAAUUGCGGAGAAGGACGAUGGGAUCCUCCCACCACAUAUGGUGUGGAAGCAGAAUGAUGCUAAUGUGGGCAGGUUGCAAUUGGUUGGGAAACUACUAUCUCGACAGAGGGUCAACCUUAAUGGCUUUCAUAAUGUGUUAAUGGCCUCUUGGAACCAAGGAAGAGUCCUAGAGGUGGAUGAAGGAUUCAAGAAAGCCGUUGAAUCGACUUGGAUGUUGAGAACCCACUGCGAAGGCCAUGUAAAGAAGGAUUGUGAAAUUGCUCACUGCAUUAAAGAUGCAGGUGGUAAGAUUAUUCGACGCUUUGGUCCUUGGUUAAAGGUUGAAUUUGAGAACUCAUGGUGUUCGGAUGACUUUGUUAUUUUGGAUGAUACCUUCUCUACAAAUACCCAAUUUCUGGUUGCUGGUGGUAAUAAUGAUACCGGGCAAGUCGAGGGGGUAAACAUUGAGAAUGGCACAACUGAUAUGGGCCUUGGGGUUGAGAUAAGCCAGUCUCAUGCUGUUUUGUCUCCAAUUGCUGAGGGCAGUUGGAAAAGGUUAGCUCAUGCAGUGACUUCUGCAAGGUCCACAGAGAAUAGCACUCGGAACAAGCGGAGGAGUUGUCUCACACCUAUUAAAGAAGAGAGAGCCCUUAAAGUGCUGGUAAACAAUAUAGGGGUGGCUUUAGCUCAAUCGGCUAAAGGCCAUGACCCUCCUGCCGGUUGAAGUAUGCAUUAGCACGGGACGACAUCUAGCGGGUUAGGGACUGUUGAUGUCGAGAUUCCCUGCUCUCUCUAUAAAGCUAGCUAAAUAGG